GUAGCCUAAGCAGACAGAAACCCUUGUUUUUAGUGGACAUAUUGCUAUCAGUUGUAACAAAUCAAGUCGCUAUCCAGCUAGCUAGUUAAAAUAAAUAAAAAAAAACGAAUUCCUACGGUAUGUAAUCUCCCUUAUUUACCGAAAGGUUUUCUCGAAGGAGAACAUUUUUUUUCAACCAUAUAAAGGACAAAAGACAAAACACUCACGUUAUCCCCAGCACUGAAGCUGUCACUGUUGUCUGAUCAUUCGAUCAUAGGCGAUCAUAGCUGAGGAACGCAUAGUCACUCCGAGCUCUGGCUUCUUUCAAGGUGGUCAGAGUAUGUGGACCAUUACUCCAGAGGAGAGGGACAAAUAUGAUAAGCAGUUUGACACCCUUUCACCAUCUCAAGGUUACGUCUCCGGAGACCAGGCACACAAAUUCUUCCUGCUGUCCGGCCUCCCAGCUCAUGUUCUGACCAAGAUCUGGGCACUGGCAGACUUGAACAACGAUGGGAAGAUGGACCGCCUGGAGUUCGCUAUAGCCAUGAAGCUAAUCAAGCUGAAGCUGCAGGGCCAGAAUUUGCCUUCCACUCUGCCCCUUAUCAUGAAGCAGUCAACCACAGUGCCUUCCGCAGUGCCCUCAUCACACUUAACACCACCCAUAUCCAACUCUUUCUCCUCCUUGCCCCAUGGGAUUAAUGGCACUGAGAUGACCAGUCCACAGUCUCUGCUGGACUUGGGGUCAAGCAGCUCCAUCAGUUUGGCUUCUCUGUCAAGUAACGCUCCCAAAGCUGGCUCUAUGGACUGGGCAGUGCCACAGGCAUACCAGUUGAAGUACCAACAGCUCUUCAAUGGCCUAGACAAACAGAAGACUGGAUUCCUCUCAGGUCCCCAAGUCAGGAGUACUCUGACAGCAUCACACCUCUCCCAAGCACAGCUAGCAACCAUUUGGAACCUGGCAGAUGUGGACAAGGAUGGGAGGCUAACCGCAGAAGAGUUUAUUCUUGCCAUGCAUCUAGUGGACAUGGCAAAGAUGGGCCUUUCUCUUCCUCUCACUCUACCAGUGAAACUUAUCCCCCCUUCUCUCAGUGGGGUGGGAUCUAGUGAUGGAACAAAUGGAACCACUCCCACUAACUAUUCAACAUUUUCAGAGAAGAGUGAAGCUGAGCUGCUGCAGAAAGCUGUGGGCAAUGUGACAUUUGAAGACAAACACAAGAACUUUGACCAGGGCCACGUGGAUCUAGAAAAGCAGCGACAAGCCCUACAUGUGCAGCAGCAGAGGGAGGAGGGACACCUGGUGCAGAAGCUGAAAGAGAAAGAGCGACAUGAGAGGGAGGCAUGGGAGGAGGUGAGGAAGAGGCAGCUGGAGCAGGAGCGGAAGCUGGAGCGUCAGCGCGAGUUCAAGAGGCUGAAAGAGGGGGAGCAACGGAGACAGCGGGAGAAAGAGGAGGCAGUGAAGCAAGAGCUUGAGAGACAGAGGAAGCUGAAGUUGGAACUGAUGAGACGGCAAGAGCUGGAAAGCCACCGGAAUAAGAAACUGCAGGACAUUACUCAGCUCAAGGCUAAGAAGAACAGCCUGGAACUGGAGCUGGAAACUGUGGGCAACACGCAUAAACAGAUCUCAGACUGUCUGCUGGAUGUCCAAAACAAGAAAAAGAUCCAGAAGACUGAGCUGGACCUGAUCAACCGCAAACGCAACCGCUGGGUCAACGAGAUCAACACUCUUGAACAGCAGUUUGAGGACUUCCAGAAGAAACUCAAUCAGUUAGUCCCAGAACAGCAGAAGCUGGGUGAGAGACUACGCAACAUAGGUUUGAGCAACCUACCUACCUCAACAAUGACGAUGCUGAAGAGGAGUGUGAAUGAAAAGGAAAUAGCAUGUAGAAAGCUGAAGGAGCAGCUGGAAGUUCUGGAGAAGGAGACCAAUUGUAAGCUUUUAGAGAUGGACCAGAACACUCAAGUCAUCAAGAAGCUGAAAGAGAGCCAAAAGAAGCAGCAGUCAGCCCUGGACAAACUCUCCGCCAUCAGAGACGAGAAACUGCUAGAGCUUGAGAGACAAAGGGAGCAAGACCUAGUGAAGAGGAAGAGGGAGGAGGAGGAGGCUGAUAGGCAAGCUAAACUGGAGGAGGAACAUUGCAGGCACCUGCAAGAGCAGAGGGAGGCAGCACUGAGUGAGGCACAUCAGAAAGACAAGGAGCGUGAAAGAAAGGAAGAAGAACAUCAGGAGCAGCUGCAGAAAGAGGAGUAUGAUAGAGAAGACAAAAAGCAUAAGAAAGAAGAGGGUGAGUGUCAGAGGCAGGAGAAGCUACAGAGAGAGGAGGAGAAUCCGAGACAGGAGAACCUGAAGAGAGAGGAGGAGGAGUUAGAGAAAGAGAAGUGUCAGGGGUGGGAGAAGUUAAGGUGGGAACAGCAGGAGCGAAAGGCCAAACAGAAAGAAGAGGAACUGCUCCAUGAAGAAAAGGAGCAGACAUGUAGAGCAGCAGAGGAGGAGAGGAAGCAAGAGCAGCACAGGCUGGCAGAUGAGGUGAAACGCAGAGCAAUCGAGAAGGAGCAAAAGAAGCAAGAGGAGUGCAAGGUGAUGGUUGAAGCAAAGAGGAGACAGGAGAUGGAGGAGCAGAGAGAUGGCGACAGAAGAGAGCUGGAGGGGGAGAGAAAAAAAAAGGAGGAGGUGACCAGAGAGGAGGCUAGGAGACCAUUGCAGAAGGAAGAAGUGGCUAUGGCUAAACUGAAGGAGGAGGCAGGCAGCCAGCAUCAACAGCCAACGACUUCAACAAAGACAACUAUUAAAGGGAAGAUGGCUGCUCUCCUCAAAGGCAUAGAGGAACGAAAAGGUGGCAAACGCGAAAACAGUAAAGGGCACAGGAAGUUAGCAGCCCUGGCAACAUACAGAGCUCUCUAUCCCUUCACUGCUCGGAGGCCCGAGGAGCUGAGAUUUGAGGCUGAUGAUCUGAUUGAGGUGGAUGAGACCAGAGAAGGGGAGAAAGGGUGGCUGUACGGCUAUCUGCGGGGAUUCGAGGGCUGGUUCCCAGUGAGUUACGUGGAGAAACAAAUAAAACCUCAGGCCUCCCCUGCAACAAAGGAACCCCUGCCCCCUCAGAUCAUGCCUUCUACUUCCAGGUACAACAAGCCUGAGGAUGAGUCCAGUAUCCUGGAAACGGUUCAGAGUGUCCCUGCUGAUAAGGGUAGUCCCUCUGCAACUACCCCAGGGCCAGCCCCCACAAAUCAAGGACAGUCUGAGCCUGGGCCUAAUCUUCAGGCACAGGCACUGUGCUCUUGGGCAGGAAAUACGGAAAGCCAUUUGAACUUUGCAAAGGAUGCGGUGAUCACAGUGCUGGAGCAGCAGGAGGAAUGGUGGCUUGGGGAGCUGAAUGGAAAACACGGCUGGUUCCCAAAGUCCUUCGUCAAACCAUUGAGUCCAGAUGGGGAACAGAGAGAAGAGUCAUACCCCUCAGUAGAUGGAUAUGAUACAUUAGACUCUACUCAGCAAGAAGACUAUGAGGCCCUGUAUACCUACGAGAGUCCAGAGCCAGGUGACCUGACGUUUGGUGAAGGGGACACCAUCCUUGUGAUGGAAAGAGGGGGAGACUGGUGGAAGGGCAGCAUCGGAGACAGGACUGGAGUCUUCCCAUCUAACUAUGUCAAGCCAAAGGAAAUUAAUGGAGGGGGUAAAAAGCUGGAAAAAGGUCAGUUCCAUUCUUCCCAUGUUGAGCUGCUGGGCCCUGAUGUAGAGAGGUCCACACUGGCACCUGUCCACACCCCAGAUUGCCAGGUUGUGGCCAUGUAUGACUAUAAGGCGGAAAACCAGGAUGAGAUUAGCUUCUCUAGUGGUCAGCUGAUAAAUGUCCUGGAGAAAAUUGGCCCUGAUUGGUGGAAAGGAGAGAUCAAUGGAGUUAAGGGCCUCUUUCCUACCAACUACGUAGAAAUUACUACUGACACAGACACCAGUCAACAAUGCUUUGCUGAUAUGGGGGCCAUGGGUGCACAGGAGAAAAAGAGACAGGACUACAUCCAAGAGCUCAUUGAAUCAGAGGAGCGUCAUCUGGAGGACCUACAACUGGCUCUGGAGGUCUUCUACAAGCUGAUGUCUGAAUCGGGCCGGCUGACAGAGCAGGAGCUCAGCACGAUCUUCCUCAACUGGAAUGAACUCAUAGUAUCCAGCAACAAGCUGAUCAAGGCCUUGCAGGAAAGGAAGAAAAAGAGUGGGGAACAUUUGCCUGUACAGAUGAUCGGGGAUGUGCUGGCCUCCGAGCUCUCCGACAUGCAGGCCUACAUUGUCUUCUGUACCUCCCAGCUGAAAGGCGCUGCCCUGUUGCAGCGCAAGACGGACCAAGAGCCUGAAUUUAAGGAGUUCCUCAAGAAAAUAGCCACAGACUAUCGCUGUAAAGGCAUGCCACUGACAAGCUUCAUGCUCAAGCCUAUGCAGAGGAUCACCCGCUACCCUCUCAUUAUCAAGAAUAUAUUAGAAAGCACUCCUGAGAUGCACGUAGACCACAUUCAGUUGCGGAGAGCCCUAGAGACGGCCGAGAAACUGUGCUUACAGGUCAACGAGGGGGUCAGGCAGAAGGAGAAUGAGGACCGGUUGGAGUGGCUCCAAAGUCACGUGCAGUGUGACGGCAUCAUUGAGAAUCUUGUCUUCAACUCCCUUACCAACUGCCUGGGGCCACGCAAGCUUUUGCACAGCGGGAAGGUUCACAACAAGAGCAAAGGAAACAAGGAGCUGUAUCUCUUCCUAUUCAAUGACUUCCUGCUCCUUACCUAUGCUAUCAAGCAGUUUUCCUCAUCGGGAGGAGACAAGCUCUUCAUCCCCAAGUCCAACAUGCAGUUUAAGAUGUACAAAAUGCCGCUGUUUUUGAAUGAGGUCGUCAUCAAAUUACCUUCUGACCCCUCAAGCGAAGAGCCAGUUUUCCAUAUCUCCCACAUCAACCGUGUUUACACACUCAAGACUGAGAGCAUCAAUGAGAGGAUAGCCUGGGUCCAGAAGAUUACAACUGCCUCAGAGGAGAUUAUGGAGAUGGAGAAGAAGAAGCGAGAAAAGACAUACCAGGGGCGCUCUCAGAAGGGCAGUGAAAUCGGCCGGCUGCUUGUAACAAUCCUGGAAGCCACUGAUCUCCAGUCCUGCAAGGCUAACGGAAAGGGGAACCCAUACUGUGAGGUGACUAUGGGUGAGCAGUGUUACACCUCUCGUACCCUGAAUGACACCCUCAACCCAAAGUGGAACUUCAACUGCCAGUUCUUUCUCAAAGACCUCCACAAGGAUGUCCUAUCUAUUACCAUCCGAGAGAGGGACCAGUUCUCUCCUGAUGGUUUCCUGGGGUGCACAGACGUUCUCCUAGAAACCAUCAAGAAGGAGCUGGAGAACAAGGGACCAGCAAACCGGAGGCUCCUGCUGCAUGAGGUGGAGACUGGGGAAGUGUGGGUCCAACUAGACCUGCAGCUGUUUGAACCGAAAUAAGCUGUAUGACAUUAUACUCCCUGAGGGAAACACUGACCGGAGGAAACAUGCUCACACACCCAUACAAAUACACACAAAAACACACACACAAAUGCGCCUGGUCACAUCACACACUAACGAGCAGAUCCUGAGAUGAUUGGCAUCCACUCUGCUGCUUGUCUAAUCUGUGCAUCACUCCUAUACUGCAGUGGGCCACUUACUGUUUGGCUGCUGUGAACCCAACACUGCAGGGUGAAGCAUCCUGGCAAUGCUCUCUUUUAAGCAAGAAACUGGACUUUACCAAACUGCAUUUGUACUGUUUUUAUGGGUUACUGGAAUUAUUUAAUAGUCAUACAAUUAGGAUAUAGCUGAGGGAUUUUUUGGAUAUUUGUAUAACGGUAACAUAAAAGGGCAUUUCCUCUUCUGUAAAGUUAAUUCUUUUUUAAGUUUCUGUCUCUGAUAAUAUUCCAUUUAGACAUUUUCAUUUGUAAAUAAAGAUAGAUAAAAACAA